CCCCUCCCUCUGCGAAUUGAGUGCCGCCCUUUCACAUCUCCGUCCCUCGAAGCCUCUCGAAUCGCCGUCAAUUUCGAUUCAUCAACGAUUUCAUUCGCAAUCCCGGAGGAAGGAAACCUAAAGUUGAUCAUGAUCGUUUGGUAUCUCCAGUCGAAUCCUUCGAUCGUCAGAGAAGUUCGUCCGGUCUUGCAGUUUUACUGCCUCUCUUUGUUUUCGAGUCUUCUUGCUCUUCGGUGAUCUUAUGCUUCCUCCGUUUUGAAUGGUCCUUUGGUUUAGGAGCUUUAGGUAAAUAUCUGCUGCCAUCCGUUUUUGGCGUUGUUCGAAUCCGGAGAUACUCGUGAUCCUUGGUUGUUGAUUUGAUAUGCAUCGGUGUUAAUUUGUUCUUUUUGCUCUUGUGUUUUUGUUAUAAUUGCAAGAAUAGCGUUGUUGAGGCGUUAAUGAUCUGUUCGUGCUGCGUGUAGUACAUAACUGAGAUCGAGUACCUGUUGAUAUAUCCUGUGGGUUUCCUUCAUGUUCAUCUCGAUAUACGUUUGCUUGUCCUAUUAAGAAGCUGUUAUUUCUCCCCUGCUUGUUAUAAUUCAUAGCCUUUCUUAAGUCGGAUAGUUGUUAAAUUGUUUUUCCUGCACCUCUUUGGUUUCAUUUCUUCGUAGUGUGAUGCACUUCUUGCUUGCUGAAUUUCUUUUUCGCACGGACUGUUCUUAAUCCCUUGAAUUUUGCUGAGAUCGUCUAAGAUUUAUAGGUGUGGUGGUAGCUCUUGUGUCUAAAGUGUCAGGUUAUUUUCGUCAAAACAACAGGGGGAAAAGAGAAAAGGGGAAGAAGGGGCAGCAGGUUCCUAGGAGAACUACAAUUUAGUGGACUUACGAUGAUGUUCAUGAUUUCUGGUUUUGAAUGGUGAUUUGCAUGCUUUUAUCAGUAUAACAUAGCUUAUGCAGUGUGGAGAACGUGAGAUGAAUAAUUUAUUUAACGGGACUUUCCUUGACAGGAUGGUUUCUUUAGGAUAGGUAGGAAAGGUAGUAAAUCGAAUAUGUCUUAGGCCCCAAACUAGUUGAUUUUACAUGUCAUAUUUCUUAAUGUGUUUAUGUUUCUUUCUAUGCAGUUGUCAUGUAAAUUACACUUAGAAUGUCUGCCAUUGAGCCAAGAUCAUUACUGUUAUUUUGACAAAACUUUCAUGUCAAACUCACACAUCAGGUUUAGUCUCUCAGGAUGUCUUCGUAUUGAUGCUGUUAAAUGUGUGACUUUGGGAAUACUGCAAGUGUGGAUAACCUGAUUCCUCAUGCCCGAUGGUUUACUAGAUUUUGUAAAAUCAUGAUUACUUGUGUUGUGAUCCAAUGAAUUCAAAUAUUUUAUUGUACUCAUUUUUAAUGUUGCGGCUUAAUAAUGGGAUGAUGAACAAUGUGCUUAUGCACACUUACUUCUUAUAAAUGUAAUCUUAUUGGCCGACUUAAAAAUGUCUCGGUGAAGACAAUAGAUGUAGAAGGGAGAGACCUGCAAAUAGGGUCGAGCUUGCUUGAGACUUUAAAUUAGGUUCCAAUACCAUGGUUAUUAUGUGUACAGACAAAAUAUUUUGUAAUCUCACACUGGAUGUUGCCAAUUUCGACUUGAUCCUUAAUCACCAGCAUUUUGGUAAAAUUUUCCAUAUUUUCAUUUCUUUGUUUUGUUGGUAGAGUUCACGUCUUUCAGCCAUAUGUCGAUGGAUUAAUUGUGUACCUCGUGUAUAUCUCUUUUGGUUGGUCGAAAGAACCAAGUAUGAGUAAGUUGCAUGCAGGUUUAUCCAUUGUAACUGGUGGUGGAAUGAUUAGGUAGAUCUUCAUGGUCAGAUUUGGCAAAAUUGGUAGCUAGCACAGGUAAGACAUGAAAGAACUGCAUCCUGAUGUUGGUGGUAAAUAAAAUUGCUAACUGGAGGAGUGAGCCAUCGUUGGACAAACGUGAAAUUUAUAUGUAUGUUAAUGUUCGCGAAUCAGAGAUCUUCUGUGGAAGAUGAAGAUGGCAGCAAGCUAAGGUAAGGCUUACUCAGGCAUUGCCCAAUUGUUGGGAAGUCAAAAUUCUGCAUCUCUAAACCUUUGUAUGUCCAUUAUCACCUUUUGCUUCUCUUCCUUUUGCAUUUGAUGCUAUCCCGUAUUGCUCUUACCAGACACCGAGGGUGUAUCUGUUGCUGAUGUACUUUUUGUUCGAUUUGGUUUUCAAACUGCUUCGAAUGCAAAGUGAUCGAUCAUUAGGGGUCACUUUUCAGUGCUGGAGAUACGAGAGAGCUUCAUUGCAGCAUAGCAAUGUCUUUAUGGAGCUUUAAAUCUUGCUUGUUCUGACUGUUCCAACUUUUAAAGUGAUACUGAUAGAAGCUGUUCAACAUAUGCUUGGAUUCUAUUGUUCAUAACAUGAAUUGGUCCACUGCUAUGUUGAAGAAACCUACAGUCUUGCACGCUUUUCCUGGUUUGAUGGGCUGCCAACUGCUUGUUAUAGGUAGAAACAACAUCGCUAAACGUCACUGUGAUUGCAGGUGCAUCAACUCUUGUCGUUGGCUUGCCAUAAUUGACUGGCAACGAGAAAUCAGCAUUAUUAGAUGGAGGGUUUGGCUGAUCAUUGUGAAUCUCCCAUCUUGGAGCCAAAAAUCAGCCAAGAUGAUGGAACAGAGAAUUCUAUCAAUUGCACUGAAUCGUCUGAUAGAAACUGUGGUAAGCCACAAGAUUUGACAUACACUCCAGACCUUCUUGCUGAUGAAAGACUGGCCAAAGGGCUUUUUCAGUAUGGAUGCCCACAUUAUCGACGAAGGUGUCACAUUAGGGCACCAUGCUGUGGCAAGAUUUUUUAUUGUCGGCAUUGCCACAAUGAGGCCAUGAACUCAAUAGAUGUCGAGAGGAGGCAUAGACAUGAACUUCCACGUCAAGAAGUUCAACAGGUCAUAUGUUCGCUGUGUGGCACUGAGCAAGAGGUGCAGCAAAUUUGCAUAAAUUGUGGUGUUUGUAUGGGAAAAUACUUCUGUGGGACUUGCAAGUUGUUUGAUGAUGAUGUCUCAAAGCAACAAUACCAUUGUAGUGGAUGUGGAAUCUGCAGAAUUGGUGGACGAGAGAACUUUUUUCAUUGCUUCACAUGUGGUUGCUGCUACUCGAUCGUGUUAAAGAACUGCCAUUCAUGUGUGGAAGGAGCAAUGCAUCAUGAUUGUCCUGUUUGUUUCGAGUAUCUGUUUGAAUCCACAAAUGAUAUAAGUGUGCUGCCAUGUGGCCACACCAUUCAUGUAAAUUGCUUGAAGGAAAUGCAACAGCACUUGCAGUUUGCUUGCCCACUUUGCUCCAAGUCUGUAUGUGACAUGUCAGAAGUGUGGGAAAUUUUGGACAUGGAGAUAGCAGCCACGCCAAUGCCUGGAUCCUACCACAAUAAAAAGGUUCGCAUCUUAUGCAAUGACUGUGGAGCGAUCUCAGAGGUUCAAUUCCAUGUCGUUGGACAAAAAUGCCUUAAAUGCAAAUCUUAUAACACUCGCCAAACUUAACAUCAGGCAAAAACAAAGGCUUGGAAUCUAGAACGACAAAUGACUGAUCGAGACAACCUUCUUUGAAGUCAAUAAGAGAGGUUGAUUCUUCAGAUGGCUGCGGUAGUAUCCUUCCUUCCAAGCACUUGUUUAGCUGCUGCUUCAGUGAUCCUCCUCCAUUCAAGAGUCGUGGCAGACAUUUUAGAGGCUGCUCUGUUGUUUGUUGAUGUAAUUAAAGUGGUGGCGUGAAAGCUAUUAAGUUGAUGACUUUUAUUAUUACUAGGAUGUGAGAUGCUGAACACACAAAUAUGGGCAUUGGAAAUGCAGGUCUCGGAGCUGAAGGAUCCGUCAGGAUCACUGAUUUCAUGCUAGGGAGGGCCGGAUAGGACCCUUGCGUUGAAUUGAUUAGUGACGACUCCCUUGGAUUGUUGACUCA